AUGGGCUCAAUAGAGAACGGGCGGCUUUGUAGUAACGCCGUAGCAGAGAUAGUAUUAUGCGGCGCGAUAACGCUCGCUCACUGCCAGAGUGGUUAUCUACAGACCUCGCAAAAUGCGGCUAUUCUGAAAGACCAGCGCUACUUGUCUGGCGAUGGGACCUUUGGUGCUGCUUAUUCACAAGAAGAUGGGGUUGAAUUCAAGGAGGAAAGUGACGAGUACGGAAAUCGACGUGGCUCCUACUCCUACGUCGAUCCAACGGGACAAAGGCGCACCGUCACGUAUACCGCGGGCGUUAAUGGCUUCCAGGCAAGCGGUGACCACAUACCAUCACAGCCGCCACCCACGCCACCCCAGCCGGAAUACGUUCCACUGCCCCAGUACAAUCCACCGGACUACAUACCACCUAGGCUACCAUCGCGUCCUCCGCGCUACCAACUGGUUCGCCGACCCUACGAGCCUCAGUACGAGACGCAGGAGCCGGCAUACGAGCCUCGUCCAGCUCCACCUGCACCACGAUACAAUCGGCCAUUACCACCACCUCCUCAACCAGAGUUGCUACAGUACGAGUCGCCCUACGCCGAGUAUCCAUCCGGUUCGCUCCGUUAUGAUACGAAAUAUGAUGUGGCCCCUCAGCCAGUGAUUGGACCGAUCACUUCACAAUACCGGCCGGUCCCCCGACCAACGCCACCGUCUCCACCACCGCAACCUCCACCUGCACCACUGAGGUAUAACUACAAUGAGAUAACGACGCCAGCACCAAGGCGCUUCUACCCUCCCGGCAAGCUCGAUUUCAACCGGACGCCUGACGGCUUCUCCUAUACUUUUAGCAAGAGUUGA